AUGACCGCUUCGUUGGCCACCAAGCCUUUUCGGCAUGAUGGCUUACCUGAUGUAACCAUCAAAGGUCUGGGGACAGCGCUUCGGACUCUCCCCCUCUUUGAUACAAACAAGGCCUACUUGAGAAUCACUGACCAGCCUGAUCAGUUCUCUUUUAAAAUUCAUGGGACGGCCAAAACUUCAGCAACCCUCCGUGAUCCGAAUACAAGCAACCUGGAAACUCUGACCGGUAUUCAAGCUGUAGAGUCUCUGGCUGACUCCACCAGGGCCAUCGGAAUUGCCGAAAUUCGAUAUGAUCCGAAUGGUAUCAGACAAUGUGUUUCUCUGCGCGAGGCUGAGAAAUACCGCCGAGAUGCUCUUACACGAGUGACCUUCCUCUUGUACGCCGAUCACGUCAGUGAACAUCUGGAGGAAUGCAAAAUGCCACCGCUCCGCAGUCUUGCUCGCUAUGACGGUUUCCCCAAAGCUUUUAUUGAAUCACUUUCUAGUGAAGACUCAAUUGAGGAUAUGACGGAGCACAUGGGGCUUGGUGAGGCUACCUGGAUAGAAGCAUCCUUGUUCCUUGUGCAGUAUUUCAGCCAACCGGAACGACCACAAAUCCUGUCAAGUGACGAUGUAUGGAAGAGCCCCGUGGGCGAUAUUGCAUUGAAAUGCAUUCAGCAAGCCAGUGGAUCACCCUUGGCAGGUCGCGUCGCACUUGGCGCUUUGAGAGCUCUCCCAGUGUCAUAUGGCAUUUUCGACAACGCCACCUUUCGGCCACCUGAGCAUGAAGAGGUUUUGGGUCUCUUAGAAAACAUGCCCUUCCACCCCGAGUCCGGUACCAAAACGGAGGAGAUCCUCAAGCAGAUCCAGAAUCUCGGAGGCGCAGAAGGAUGGCAAUCCCAUACCCACGAGCUCACAGUUCUCUGGGCGAAGCAGCAGCAGAUUGUUUCGGAAGAAGCAGAGAAUCUGGCUCGUAGUGUUGGCGAAGUCCCCAAGAACAUGCUUUCCUUGCGAGAUAUGGCGGCAUACCCCUUGCUGCACUUCGUGCCGUUGAGAGUAGAGGCGAUGGGUAUCGUAUACUAUUUGAGGAAUUGCACAUGUUUUAUCGCUGGAACCAAGAUCAUCACAAAAUCUGGAAAGAAGCCUAUCGAACGCCUCGAAGAAAAUGACUGGGUGUUGACUCACGGAGCAAAAGACGAAUGGGGCCUUGUGUCUGACGAAAGAGUUGUCAUCCCAGUAGACUCGCCUAUCAUCUAUGGGUUCAACAAUGAAGCUCCAUUCUUCACUGCCGGCCACGUCUUUCACACGACUACUGGUCUCCGAGCUCUCGAUGCUGAGUUGGCAAUGAAGGAAAACCCUUGGGCAGAAGUCGGUCGACUUUCAGCUGGUCAUAUUCUAUACCGCCUGGGAGAAGAUGGGAGAGCAUACGACCAAGUUCCCAUUUUAGACAUAAGCUGGCGUCAAAUGCCCGAGGUCACUGAGGUCUAUGGUGUCCAUCUUCGCGAGGGUCGGCGAAGUUACCACGCCAAUGACUACCUUGUCAUGGUCAACUACCCAGAGAUCACACUCAAACGAAUUUGUUCCACGCUUGCGACAUUCUCACAGGAGGAUCAAGUACGACUUCUGCGGUCACUAAAAGAGCUGAAUCCUCUUUUUGAACGAUUCGGAAUAGCAACCGUUGCCGAAAUGGUUCAUCGCGAAGUCGAGGCAGCAAAGAAUAGCUUGACCGCGCGGAUGUACAACGUCACCGAAAACAAGCUGGCUGGUCUUUCACAUGCAUCGCUUCCGCAUUCACUCCCCAUUGUAACUCUGUUCGACGGAGUCAUUUCAGUAAAUGGAGUCGUCUGUGAGUAUGGACGUGUGGAUAACGCCAACAGUGAAGUAAGAUGGUCCCGCUUUAUCGGCCAGGACGUGGUCGAGCAUGGAGUCUUAUCCAUAGAAGAUCCACGUUAUCAUUCAGGCAUUGCGCGGAUUUGCUACAGUCAAGACUACGACGGAGAUGAUCUUCUGGACCUACCAAUGUUUCAGUAUAUGACUUAUGGCUCUGAAUGCGAGCUCGAGAUGGACCCUCUUAGUGUCGGCGUUCCAAAGCAGGAGUUGCUUUCCAAAGCAGCAUCUUUUGAGCCCGUUCAACUCAAUACAGACGGGCCCAUAGAAGAUUCAAAUGGUGAGCUGAUUUUGAAGUCUAUCGAUGUGGAAGAGGAAAAGAUGGCGGCAGUCGAUGGGAUUAUGACAUCACAAGUGCACGCCCAGACGGUCACCGGAGCUUCUGCUCCCACGAGGGAUAUUCGAUUUGAAGUAAAGCCACGGGAAUAUGACGUUGUCUACGACGAAGCACCCCUGCAAAAGGACCAAGUACAAAUUCAGAGACAACUCGACUUCGGUCCUAUACAACUGGCGACUCAGCGAGUGAUCACAGAUGGAACUCCGGGAAUUUUGUUCACUGAUAUCGCUAUUCCAGCCCUGGACAACAUUUUGGAUUUAUGGAAUCGCAAGCAGAGCGACGAUACCUUGAAGAUCUCGCGCUUGUAUGAGACGGCGACCAUGAUGCACAAUGGGCGACUAAAAGCCACCGUCACCAUUCCACCAACAACUUUGGAGAAUCUGAAGACUUUGGAAGAUAGGAAAGACGCUGAGGAUCCUUCCAAAACAUCAACGUUUAAAGACGAGCUUGGAGAAGAAGCCAAACUUCCCUUGCUGUUUGCUAGGCUCGAGCUGAAUUUCUCAGACGACAAGAGUGAGAUUGUUUCUGGAACAUUGUGGGAAUAUAAUCAAGAUCCUUCAAGAGAGGGCGCUGAAGGAAUUCGACACCUGAUCAUGUCACGUCCGGGCUCUGCCUCACAAAGAGUUCCGGUUAGAAUAGGCCAAGGCCAGAUCGUAGGAGAUAUACCUAUGGGAGGGCCGACUAGUGGGCAGACAACGCCACAGAAGGAGCCAGUAUUCCAGCCACCAGUCGGCAAAAGCGAUUUGGCAUUACAGAACCUUCAUGCCAUAUUCGCAAAAUACAACGAUGAUACGAACCUCAUGUUCUAUCAUAUGGAUCAGGGCCAUGCCUCAUUACUAUCUUCAAAGGACAAGGAAACCCGACAACUACCGGACCAUCUCGGCGGCAAUCUCCCAUCGAAUCUAUCCAAGUGGAUAAAGGAGACCUUUGGCCCAGCCUAUACCUGCCUUCAAAUUGCCCAGAGUCUGCAAACUCGAGAAUGGCGGUCCAAAUUUACAGACGACGAGAAGAAGAAGAUUCUGUAUUUUUGGCAGGGCCAAGGUCCAAAAUGCCUUGCUAAAUGUCCAGAGAAUGCGACUUUAAAUCGCCUGUGCCUCCUCGAAGCCUUGAAGCAACUUUUCCCUGUCAUCCAGAAAUUCAUCAAUGAUGGCGGGGAGAAGUGGGCACAAGCAUACUUAGAUCAGCUACUGAACGUCAAGAUGGACGACAUCGUGGAGGACAUGGACGGCAAUCCACGGAUCCUAGAUAGGUACACCACAAUCCUCUGGGCGCUUUAUCCAGACGGAAACUAUCAUGAGCGUUUCCGAGAUGCUAUAUAUACGAAGUUCCUCGGUUUCGCCAUGACCCAGCGGGUUAACAAGGACGCAGUGAUGGACUGGCUGCCGCACAUCACCAAAGCCUUCAUCGACGCAAUCCUGAACGAGAAUUACGACGGAAUCGACAAAGAUUUGAGAGAUCUUUUGAGAAAGGAGCUAGAUACCUUUAUGGCUGCCCAUCGAGACAUUUUUGAAAAGAAUGGGAAAGAAUUUGCAGCAAAGCACUAUGCUGACAUGGUUCAUAUCCUCGUUUCUGGAGAUUUGGCAGCGAAAUCACUCAUGAUUAUAGGAGUGGGCUCAUGGAAGCGUGGCAAAUUUGGAAACUGGGACCACCUGAAGGGGCAGAGUCUCUUGGAGGUAAAUUUAAAAUCUGGAUGGAAAGGCCUCGGAGUAGCGUUCAAGAUGAGUCUCAUUGGAUUCAGUAUUUAUAAUAUUGUAAUGGGAGGCAAAGAUAUGAGCGCAGCCCAGAUAGGACGAGUCACGACGGACGUAACGAAGGGGGUUUUCGACAUCCUUACACCUUUUCUCUUGAGGCCCGAAGUGAAGAAUGCAAGGGAACUGGUGGCGCAGUGCCAGGUGAUAAACCAGACAAGCGGCAGAAAGCUACCCGCCUAUGCCCUUGGAAAGGCGAACGCUACAGAGCUUAAAUUCGACGUCUAUGACUUUGAUGUCGAGCAAAUCGCCAAAGUAGGAAACGAGAAAGCAGCGAGAGAGACAACCUGGUUCGGAAGAAUGAGAAGAAGACUCUCCCUCUCAUCAAGAGUCAUACGCUUUCUUAGCGUCGCUAUAAGUGUUGUGGUCGUCGCGUUCAUGAUUUGGGAUUUGUGCAAUCAAUGGGAUAAGCUCUCCGGCACUGGCAGAGGAUUAGCCAUUGCACAGAUUGCUAUUGAGGCGGCUGCUGUUGUCGUUGGAAUUAUUGGCUUGUUCUCUACGUGUGCCUUGAUCCCUGUCAUUGGACAAGUUCUUAUGGUGGUUGGUUUGGUCAUCUCGAUUGUCUAUUUGGUGUAUGGCAGACCAGAGCCAGAAAAGACCCCCGGAGAGAAGUUCGUUGACAGUAUGAGGGGUGACAAUGGCUGGCUCAAGAAGAUCGAUGAUCCUCCUUCGACUGCACUCGAGUAUACCAUCACACCAAACGAGAUACCCAAGGAUGCAGAUUUCUCUUUCAAAGUCACGGGCAAGAACACUAAGAGUUCGAGUAUUGAGUUCAUCUCUGCACCUAAUGCUGAGAAAUCUUCAUCCGAGACUGAAGUCCUCUCUAUCAAGUUUGGUUUCACGACUGGGUCUGACACCGUGUGCCUGUUCAGCAACGAGUCUUUCAGCACCGCCCCGGACGCCAAAGACGGAAAAUGUACCUACAGUGGUCCAGAUGAUAUUUUCCAGACGAGGCUACACGAGCCGAAUGGAAAGAUCGGUGGCGUUAUCUCAUACGAGUACGAAUUGCAACCACUGCCACAGAAAGAUCCAACUUCAACUUCCAAGCGUAUCUUGCCUAGUGGGGGGUCAUUUUCUAUCACUGUAUCUGGGAAGACGAGGUCGUCGGACAAAGAGUUUACAUUGAAACUUGUUGAAGAGCGCCCGGGUCCUGUUUGCGCCAUCAAGGUUCAAACAUUCUCUAGAAAGAAGUAG